GAUGCCAGCUUUUACAUUGAAAAUGGUUACUUUUCCAUUAAACAUGUGGCUACCGAAGAACAUACUUAUAAUGUGAUGGCUUUCUAUUGCAAGAUCAUGAAAUUCUACCGAUCGAGUUGGAAUCGACUGGCCCGACGUCGCGAUAUCUUAAUCAAUAUGAAGAUCGCCAAGGACGCCUCUGAUCUAACCGAUGUCACAGUCCGGAUCUGUCCCGAAAACACGACUUUCGUCAAGGUGAGUGAACAGUGCUCCGAUGACAUUGACGUUGUAAAGCUAACCUACGAGGAAACGUGGCGAAAUAUCAAUACCUAUGCGGACUUAAAUCACGCCAUUAUAUCAAUGAAUGCUUAUGGAGAGGAUAUAAAUAAGGAAACCAUGCUCUUCAUAAACAUUAAACGAUUCCUGAGUCUAAUUCGAAUCUUAAGUUACUCAUAGUAUC